AUGCCAGAGAACAGUAGUUUCAUGGGUUCCGCAGCCGAGUCUAUCGAGGGCAAGACCGGCUCUGGCUCUCUUGUCGCAUCUUCCGAGUCCGACGGAUGGCACCAUGGUCGCAGCGUUUGGGGGGAAAACACAAACAUCUCGCGAGUUCGCUCUGGGGUCUCGCCCCCCAGGAAGCGAUCUCUCGCCCACCCCGAGUCCACACAACCAUAUGCAGACAAGGCUCCUUUGUUCCCUACCUCGCGAUCGAGCGUGGGCGGCCAAUCCUUCGGAACCAAAUCGACCAAACCUUUACUCGACCCCACGUCCAUGAAUUUCACGUCUUCUCGCAGGAUCGAUCCUCUGAACACCACCAACUUCUCUUCGUUUGGCUUCAACCAGGAUGGACCACUGCGCUCGGAAGCUUCCCUGGGGUCAUGGCAUGAUGCAGGUUCGGUCCAUUCUCCUACCGACGAUAGGCGUAGCGUUGCCAAUUCUGAGUACCUGGGCCCGUCAAGCGCUACCCCUUCAAGAAGCGGCAGUCUUCCGCCUUCCAGGCAUGGCAACGAGCCAUUUCAGUUGGGUCAAAAUGUUGAAACCUACGCGAGAUAUGCACAGCCAGGCCAACGCCAAACCUCUUCUUUCUCCGUUGCGAACAAUCGAGCUUUCCAGGAACGUAGUGGCUCUAUCCAAAGCGAGUCGCUGAAUCUUGGCCAUCUCAGUCUGGAACAAGAUGCUGUUUCUGGAGCCAUGUCCCACAGACCGUCCAUGAGCAUCAACACAUUCCCACCAAACUUCGCCCCUGCACUGAACGACGCUACUCUAGCACGCGACCCAUACGAUUCACAAGCCUUUGAAAGACCCAAUGGCUACGCACAAUCUGGUACAUACACGCCUGACAGUUUCACCAACGGCAACGGCCACCUUGGCGGUCCCAACUCUCUCUUUAGGCCUGUUCAGUUCGACAGCCACAGCGCGCCCAAUGGCACGGGUGUGCACCAAAGCCCUCUCCACACGCACUCGCAUACGCCUCCGAUCUUUGACCAUCUUUACCCCUCUCGCGCAGACAACCCUUUCUCGUUGAACAGCAACAACAUUGCGCUAGUGAACCAAAGGCUGGCAGGGCACAAGAUACAGCAGCAAGAUAAUCGACGCAAUCAUCUGUACCAGAACCAACAGGUGCACCCGCAACAACUGCAGCAGCUUAUUGCGGCUAAUCACCUACAGACGAACCAGCUACGCGGUUCUUAUCCAUACAACCAAUUGCCAGUAUCUAGCCCACUGUCCAUGCCCAACAACAUGCAUCCCAUUGCGCAGCCACUCCACGGGGUCAUACCCAUCGAGGCGCCCAGAGCACCAAGAGAUCACAGCAACCCGCCUGAUCUAGCGACAAUGAGCUCCUGUUUGUACAACUUCAAGAAUGCCAGCAAAAUCAACAAGAAAUUCGAACUUAAGGACAUAUAUGGCAACGUCGUUGAAUUCAGUGGUGACCAACACGGAUCCCGGUUCAUCCAGCAGAAGCUCGAAGGCGCCAAUAGUGACGAGAAGGACAAGAUCUUCCGCGAGAUCCAAGAGAACUGCCUGCAGCUUAUGCAAGACGUUUUCGGCAACUACGUGAUUCAAAAGUUUUUUGAGCACGGCGACCAAACGCAGAAGAAAUUCCUUGCCAAUCGAAUGAUGGGCAACAUAUUGCACCUUUCCAACGGCAUGUAUGGGUGCCGAGUCGUUCAAAAGGCCUUGGAGUACGUUCUCGUUGAGCAACAGGCGGCAAUGGUGAAAGAGCUGGAAAAGGAUGUCCUUAGAUGUGUGAGGGACUGCAACGGCAAUCACGUCAUUCAAAAGGUUAUCGACAAAGUACCUCUAGAAUACAUCAGGAAGAUUAUCGAUGCGUUCCGAGGCCAGGUUGGCACUUUAUCGGUCAACACCUAUGGCUGCCGCGUCAUCCAGCGGCUACUGGAGAAGGUUCCAGAGCCAGACCGAAGAUUCAUCCUUACUGAGCUUCACGCCGAAGGUUCCAAGCUCAUUACCGACCAAUAUGGAAACUACGUCUGCCAGCAUAUCAUCGAGCACGGAACACCCGACGAUCGCGCUAAAGCCGUUGGACUUGUCAAGCAAGGAUUGUUGACCUUUUCUAAGCACAAGUUUGCCAGUAACGUUGUUGAGAAGUGUCUCAAGUUCGGCAACAACGAGCAGCGUCGCGAGCUGAUGCUCAAGCUUACAGACAAGAACGAGCGUGGUGACAAUAACUUGCAAACAUUGAUCAAGGACCCGUACGGCAACUACGUAAUCCAGAAAUGCUUGGAGACCGUUAAUCGCAGAGAUUACCAAGAGUUCGUCGCGGUCCUCAAGCCAGAGCUUGAUAAGGCCAAGAAGGUCAUGUCCGGCAAACAAAUCAUCUCGGUGGAAAAGAAAAUGCACCGCAGCGACUUCAACGACGGCCUUGAUAAAAUCACACCAACGCCGCACGCGGUUUCUUCCGACAUCGUGACCGAUGUUCCGCCUACUCCUCCGCUGACGAGCGAAGCGCAAAGCCCCCAGAGCAGCUCGCUUCCGAGCGCCAACGUUUCCACGGUUGACGAACCUGUACACACUUCUCUUCCCAGUAAGAACUUCUCUGCUCCGAUAAACGGCAUCGCCAUUGAAGCGGCCGAAAACGCUUCGUAG